UGCCGCCUGCCGCGUAGUAGUAGCGUGCCGAGACUCGAGCGGGCAGCAAGCGGCAAGCAGCAACCAAGCUGUGCUGAACGUCGUCGUCGCGUCGUUUCUCAGUGUCGCCGCGGCGGUCGUGCCAGACGGUUCUGACAGUAGUUUUUCGCGGUGCUCGUGACACCCGUCCCCGUCUACCCGCGAUUCCGUUUCUGCCGCCAUGUGCCGUUUUGUGGAACGUGUCACUUGGAUUAGACACGCAUCCGCCGACGGACCGUGAUCCUGCCGGAGGUUACCGAUCGUCGGAUUCGGUUGACAACUCGUGCGAUCCCUCCGCAGCAGUCUUUUCUGCCUCCUCUUCUUCUUCUUCUUCGUCUUCCUCCUAUCCGUCCAAGCUAUCCCCAAUCAAGGACUCCGCGCGCUUUUCGGUGCUCUUUGACAACUGACACUGUUGUUCCCGGAGACUGUGCUUCGAUCGCGAACGUUUGGCGGGAACAUCGAUCAGUCGAUACCGCACCGGCGGCGAUGCUGCGAGAAUCGAAAGUGUGACGUCCAGACCACGUGCGACACCGGCGCCAUCCGCGUGCUCGAUUUCGAAUUUCGCGCGACCACGCAGCCCGUAGUGCGCAGUGCGUAAUGGUCGUCGCGUCGUCGCGUCGUCGAGUUCGUUGGCGAGUGCGGGCUUCCCAGUGAAUUCGAACUGAAAAGAAGUGUGAGAAACGUGGUGUUGCUGCCGGCUCCUCUAUCUCUCUCUCUCCCUCUCGCUUUCUCUCUGUCUCCCGCUCGUCCCGCGUCUCUCUUUCGCGUUCUUCCGCGAGUCUGUUUUCUCGUUUCCUCAGGUUAGGUAUUCCGUGCCUCCGCUCCUCCGCUCCACCGUUACUCUGUUUCUCUCGUGGCCGUGGAACACACGGCGGGUGGCACAUCGUAGCCGCGUCUCGCGCGGCGUUUCUACAAGUGGAUUUAACCUUGCGACCGAACACGUGGAUGCAUGCAGUCCUGUCGACGACGGCGUGCUCCUGACCGGCGGACGUGUCUGCACGAAAAUUCUAGGUGCACAAGAAAAUGCGCGUAAGGUCAAGGUGACGGCAGAGCAUGGAGACCAUGCGAGACACCGGUGGGCUGCAGGUCGAUGCCUCGAAAGGAAGUGUCGUGCCGAGCAUCGCCGCCUCGAAAACAGUGAAUCAGUUGAAAAUAGUGGAAAGUGAUGAUGAGAGUGGCAAAGUUUUGAGUGAGAGUAAACCGGAGAUGGAUCCUUACAAGGAGCUGGAGCUGUACCUCGCCAAAGUCAACGAGGAAAUCGGCGAGAUCAUCGAGUCAGCGCCGACCACACCGUUGACGAUCGCGGACGAGCCGAAGUAUCCCACGCAAGCGUCCGUUCUCGGCGUCCAGCCGGCAAGGUUCGCGCAGGACCUGUACGGGACGAAGCCUCGUCCGUCGACGGGCUGCGGCGUUUUCCGGCGACAGAACUCCGUAGGCAGAUGCUGCACGUUCACGGACGACAUCGGCGAUUGGUCGAAGAACAUUCUGGCGGAGCUGAACACAAUCAUCGCGAACGAAAUCAACGAGCUGAGCAAAGAGAAAUCGCGACAGGAGCCCGACCGGCGUCGAAACAAGGAAGACUCGAGGAUCGUGCAGUACAAGGAGCUGCUGAACGAGUUCGGCAUAUCGGACAGCGAGAGUUCCGCGGGAAGCUCGUGCGAGACGAGCACCGAUCGAUCAUCCGGCCGGCGAAACAAGGAGAACCGUGAUCGACGAAAUGGAAAGUUGUUCGCGGACGAGACGGAGUACCGCUUCCUGUUGAACUCGGACUACGACGAGCCGCGGGAUCGAGUCGCGCCGUCGCCGACGCCGACGCCGACGCCGACGCCGACGACGACGACGUCGACGGAGGCCGACCGUAGAAAGAGCGGCAGUCUACCGGGCAACCUGCAGGGCCUGAUCGCGAGGCGGGACCGAUACGGGUCCGUGGACGAUGACGCCCUGAACUCGGACUACGACGAGCCGAACGAUCUCUCCCCGAUGAGCUUGAUGGGGAACCAAAUCGACCGGAACAGCGCCAGCCUACCCUCGCAGCUGGACCGCGGACACGAGCGGGAGGCGUCGAAUUACCUGGCGAACAGCUACCACCAACCAAAGAAACUCGUAGAGAUAAGUUCGAGGAGCAAUGACGGCGUCGCCGACGCGCCUCUCGCCGGAGGGCCGCCAGUCGUUGGCGAGUCGAACGCGAAAUUGCCGCCGAGGCAGCGGCCGGACGGCCACAGGAAGACCAGUCUGCCGUCGAAUCUGAUGAUCCAGAAACGAAGGAGGACGCCGAGGCUGGCCAGGAUACGCCGCGGCGAGGAUCACGCGGAUCCGGACCACGACCACGACCACGACCACGAUUCCGAGCACGAUCAAAUCCCGAUCGGGGCCGGGUCCUUCGAGAGCAACGGCGCCAAGUCGGCGCCGGUCACGCCGACCGAGGAGAAGAAGUCCCCGUUCUCGAAGCUCUUCUGGAAGAAGCACACGCCCGUCUUCCACGAGAACCGCGAGCACGUCGUCCUCGUCCGGGUCUCGUCGCUGCCGGACCAGGACUUUCUUCUGUCCGAGAACGAGCCGGCCAACGAAACGGCCGGCAGGGACGGGCUCGCGAAGAAGAGGGCCGUCUCGCCGCUGACUUUGCGCUCCGAUGUAUCGGCGAAACGGCUGUCCGAGUCCGAUAAGGAUAUCAGGCAAAUCAGCCCGGUCGAUCUGAAGAAGUUCUCGCUCUCGAGAUCGAGGGGCAACGACGUGGGUGUCAGCUGCGAUCUCCCGGAAGAUGACAAUGUCGGGUCGGUUGACAGCGCCGAUAGCGCCAAGUUCGAACGCAUGGCCAACGCCGAGCACAAGAAGAUAAUGGACGAGCAGAAUUCGAGAUCCGGCUCGCUACCAAUUUCUCUUCAGUCUCUAUUAUCGAAGAUUCGAAAUGGCUCUGGCUCGUGUUGCACGAACAGUCCACCUCUGGAUUCGCUCACUUGUUCCGACAUGGCCACGCAAACUUCGCCAGCUAUUUCGAGAAGUUCGAGCUUUACGUGGGUCAGCGAUUGCGAGUCACCUCGAGCGGAAUCGCAAAUGGAUUCUCAGUCGUUACAAGAUGAAAGCACAUUGGAUCCAGCUUCCCCGCAAGACACCGUCGACGACGACAAUAGAUCCUCGUCCUCGUCGCAGGAUCUGCUUCAGAGCAUGGACGAGAUUUCCUCCGGAAGUCUGUCGCCGGAUACGACCGACAGAGCGUCUCCGCUUGAAAGUGGCAUUGGCACUGCCAGUCCACCGAGGAGUACAGAUCGACGGAUAGUUAAAUCCCCGUCGUCGAACAAGUGUCAUCGCAAGGAGACGUGGGAGAGGAUCCGGCGGCGGCCGUCGAAAUUAAAUUCGCGGAACGACAAGCAUCCGCAGGACGUGUGGAUCAAACGGGAGAGCGUGCACACGCAGACGAAAGAAACCGACGACCAAUAUUCCCAGGACGCGGUGGACAGCAGCAGCGGCCUCGACGACACCCUCCCGAGGAUGAAGCCCCUGAGGCCGACCAAUCUGCCGCUGUCGAGCAGUUCGUUGAGUUCCGGGGAAUUGCUGGAAACGCUGCCGCGCGCACCGUCUUCACCUUCCGCGGCCAGCCUUCAGCUGAAACCGGAACCCUUGGCCGUGGAGAUGGGCGGAAAGAGCAGCAGCGCGCCAUUAUUGGAGAACAACGGCCCGGAGAAGCCGAACGGGAAGGUGCCAAGUCUGCAGCAGCCACGCUCGCAAUCGGAACGACAACUGUCAGAAAUCGAAGCACAAGAGGCUUGCAAAUGGCUGAGGGCAGCUGGCUUUCCGCAAUAUGCGCAGAUGUAUGAGGAUUAUCAGUUCCCGAUAGACGUAUCUGGCGUGGCCAAGGACCACCCCUUCCUCGAGACUGAUUCUCUGCAAAGUUUAUUCCGACGACUGCAUGCUUUGAACCGAUGCGCCAACAUGAAGAUCGACACGCAUCACACGCACAGCACCAGCCACAGUAAAAGCGGUGGCGGCGAUGAUUCGGACGAAGAUACCCAGUGCGCCCUGAGCGAGAAUUGGACGUUCGAGAAGAAAACGAGACGGUGGUCGCGCGUGUGCGAAGUGACGCAGGCGAACGUCGAGCGGCUGCAGGCGAUCGCGGCGCAGACCGUGCAGUCCGAGGAGGACUCGCUGGAGGAUCGUCUGGAAGCCGAAGAGGCCGAGGACACGAUGCUGGACCCGCUCAGGUACAGCAGCUUGCCACCAGGAACCCUUCCCGACGAGAUCAGCCCGCGAUUUCGACGAACUGGUUCCGAGAGGCUGAAAGACGGCGCGAAGGCUUUCCUACGGCGGGUCGAGUCGCUCAAGUCCCGGCGACGGAAACAUCAGAACCGGGAUGGGAUCGUGAUCAGCGGCCCGCAGAUCCUCGACGUGAUGUCGAUGCAGCAGAAGAUGAAGGAGCUGAACUGCGUGGACGUGUCGCCGACGGGGCCGGCGCCGGUCUCGCUGAGCGAGCUCUCGGUCUCGGUGUCGGUGUCGCCGGUGCACGUGCCGGGCUCCCCGGUCACCCUGCCGGCAUCUCCGUACCACCUGCCGCCCUCGCCGCUGACCAACGCGCCCAGCCCGUUCGGCGACGACUCCUCGAGCUACUGCUCGGACGGCUCCCAGGGUGGCGGCCCGACGCCCACGCCGACCCGCACCAAGAUGAACAGGGCGCGGAGGUUCCUGCACCGCGGUCGCGAGGACCAAGGGGCGCUCAGCGACUCGGAGUGCCAGCCGACCAGCUGGCGUCACAGGUACUUCCGAGACGCGAACAGCAACCACGCGAAGGUCUUGGAGUACGUGAACGCCCACCCUCAGAGCCCCAAGGACUCGCCGAGCAAGAACGCGCCGAUCGGCACCCGCGGCGGCAGCCUGAAUCUGGGCAAGGAGUCGCAGAGGUACCGGGACAAGCUGACGCAGAGCCAGGACAGGUACAAGGAGGACAAGGUGGCCACGCUGAAGCGCGAGGACAAGCUGCACAAGAGUUUCAGGCAUCGCGACGACUCGUUUAGGGACGGCAGCAAGCCUCUGUCCAAGGAGGUCGCCGUCUACAGGGAGAAGUCAAGGUCGAGGAAUUCGGAGCUGGCCGGCAGUCAGGAGAGCAGUUCCACGGUGGCCAGUCGCGACUCCGAUCAGGAAGAGGAGUCGCCCAGGCACAAGAGCACCGUCGUCAGGUGGCACAGUUUCCAAAGGGGAUCUCUGUAUCCCGAUCCGUUGGACCCGCUCUGCCCCAGAGCCAUGGCCUCGAUGUCCUGCGGACAGCUCCUUGUUCUGAGGAAGCUGGCUCUGCUGAAGCUGACCGCUUGCAUGGAACGAUACUGUCCCACGCACCGCACCGGCUGGAACUGGGAGCUGCCCAAGUUCAUCAGGAAGAUCAAGUCGCCCGAUUAUAAGGACAAGACAGUAUUCGGGGUCCCGUUGUUGCUCUCUCUGCAACGGACCGGGCAAGCCUUACCAAAGUGUAUACAAAUAGCUCUGAGAUGGCUGAGAGCGAACGCGCUCGACCAGGUCGGCAUCUUCAGGAAGAGCGGGGUCAGGUCGAGGAUACAGAAGCUGAAGAUGCUGACGGAGACCCUCGGUGACAACAUCAACUUCGACGGCCAGCAGGCUUUCGAUGUGGCUGACCUCGUGAAACAGUAUUUCAGGGAGCUGCCGGAAGCUCUCCUGACGAACAAGCUCUCCGAGACGUUCAUCGCUAUCUUUCAACAUGUACCUGUUGAGCUGCGACCAGACGCAGUGCAAUGCCUUCUGUUGCUUCUGCCGGACGAGCAUCGGGAGGCGUUGGAAACUCUGCUCGAUUUCUUGAACCACGUAGCGAGCAACGCUCCCUACAACCAAAUGACAGCCUCGAACCUGGCCGUGUGCCUGGCACCGAGCCUGUUCCACUUCAACCACAGCAACACGAACGUGACCAACAGGUCGAGCAGCGUAUCGCCACGUAGAAGAAAGACCGUGGGCAUUCCCGAUCAGAGGGAACUGUCGGAAAACAAAGCCGCUCACGACUGUCUUCUGUAUCUGGUCAAGAUGCAUCGUGAAUUAUUCAUGGUCUCCUCGGAUAUGUUGACGCAGUGUCAUUUCAAUUACAUGGAAGAAAGCGUACCGGUCGCCUUGGAGGAGCUUGGAUCCGAGCUGAAGCAGGACUGGAGGGGAUAUCUUUAUGCCUGCACCACAGCUUUAUUGAAGGAGGCGCGUGAAAAAUGCCGAGGAUGGGUCAGCGUGAACAACCCAGCCGACAGCUCCGUGGAAAUGGCGUACAAGAAAGUGGGAGAUGGACAUCCUUUGCGGUUAUGGCGAGUGUCGACGGAAGUGGAGGCUCCACCGAACGAGCUUCUUCAUCGUGUUCUAAGAGAAAGGCACAUCUGGGACCCGCAGCUGUUGAAAUAUAGACUAGUUGUCAAACUGGACAGCAACGUGGAGGUCUUUCAAUACGCUACUGGGAACAUGAGUCCUCUUCCUGCUAGGGAUUACUGCGUACUAAGAUCCUGGCGAAACGAUCUUCCCAAGGGGGCCUGCGUGAUCGUAGAAACGUCCGUGGAACAUCCGGACGCUCCUGUCAUGCUUGGCGGAACACGUGGCAUUGUUUUGGCCUCGCGUUAUCUUAUCGAGCCCUGCGGCAGCGGUAAAUCACGGAUCAUGCAUCUCUCCAGAGUGGACACAAAAGGACGCACACCGGAAUGGUACAACAAGAGCUACGGCCACCUCGCUGCCCUUCACCUUAGUAAAAUUCGCAACUCCUUCAAGCACACGACGGAUGGUCCCGAGAGCAAAGUCUGAGAGGAGGCUACCGUGCAACGAUCGCCGUUGCACGGUCCUUACACGACUCUGCAGGAUCCGGAUUCGCAGGAUCUGCACCAGGACCGCAGGAUCGAGCUGCGACAGGCCGCGCCGACCAUAAACGAGGAAUAGACGAUAAUGAGAAUACACAAUAAACUCGCGAUCGAAUAUAUAAACCCCGUCGAUGAUUCGUCACGAGCGUGUUCGUGAACGACAGGAGAAAUGAUCUAUAUACUAUUGAGCUUUAAUCGAUGUCAAAAGAAAUUCCCGCGGAAGCCUGAAAUGUUUAGCGUGUAGCUGUCGAAUCGCUGACUAAACCCUGACCCAGGGGGGCAACAAUUAAUCGUUAGAGCGUAAUAAUAAACGAGGAGAUUCUCUGUGCGAAGCUUCAUUGUCCAAGGAUCUUGCCGUCCAGUGAUCGCGAGCGUUGAAAAAGGCAGGACACACCGGCGUUAAUGAAGAAACGA